AUGGAUUACUUUGUGCCUUUGCAGUUCGACAAUCGACCAAUAAAAUUACCCAUACAGGUAGCUGGUUACAAAUUCAAUUUCUUGUGGCCACUCAAGGAGGAUGCCAGCAUCUUAAGUCGGCUCGUCAAUAACAUAUGCCUCAGUGUGAGCGUGCUCUUCUACAUUGGUACUAUUGUGGGCGAGUUUACCUUCAUAGGCGAGAAUAUCGGUAACAUACCUGCCGUGGCUGAGUGCCUUUGCACCUCUUUUAUGGGCGUGCAAUAUAUAAUACGAAUAUUUGUGCUGCUAAGUCGGCAGCGCGCAUUACGCCAACUACUUCGAAAUUUCUAUCGUGACAUUUACUUUACGUACGCUGACGAUGCAGCGCUGUACAAGGAAAUCAACUCGAUAAUGCGUUUUAUGAAUAUAUUUACGCAAUUCUACUAUGUGCCGAUGAUGCUGAUACUUGUGCUGUACGUGUGCGAUGUGGCAAGCGUGGGGCUGGCGUCACCUGACAAACCAUUUAUCUAUCGCAUGUCCUUUCGUUGGUAUGACGCACAAGUGCCGCUGCAAUUCAUCAUCACCGCCAUCUAUUCGGGUUGGCUGACGAUCUCGUGUGUGACAAUAUGGACCGCUGAGGAUUAUACGCUCUGCUUGGUGCUCUGCCAUGCCAGUUUUCGUUAUAAGAAAUUGCGCUUGGAUUUGCAGCAACUCCUGGAGAUGGCACGUGCUGAUCUGAAGUGCGGCGAGACACCUUGUACGAAUCAAAAUUUGCAUAUAGCCUUUCGGCGACGUCUUCGUGAGAUUUUUCGACGGCAGCAACGUUUGAAUGGCUUCGUCGCCGAGGCCAAGGCUCAUUUCACCCACCAAAUAUUCUACAUUUUGUCCUUUGGCGUUUUGCUGCUGUGCGUUGUCUCCUUUCAGUUUCAGAGCGGUCCAAUCACUGUGGCGUCGAGCAAAUACAUUUCCUGGCUCAUUUCGCAAACUGCGCAGUUUCUGUUAAUUGGCUAUUUUGGUCAAAUGCUGAUGGAUGAGACCACGGAGCUGCGAAAUAGCUUUUACUGUUGUCGUUGGGAGGAUUUGUUGGUGCUUGGCGAUCUGCAUAGCAAUAAAUUGUUGUUGGGUGAUGUACAAUUUGCCAUCAUGAAUUCUCAGGAACCCAUUGUUUUCGAUGGUAUGAAAUUUUUUCCGCUCACUUACAGUACGGUGAGUGCGGCUCUGCGCUCAGCUGUGUCGUAUUUUAUGUUCCUGAACACUAUGAAUGGCGAGAAUUGA